UUAGGAUGCCAAGGACAAUUGUGGGUGUUGAUGGAGAGGAUAUCUGAGUAAUGGAAUAAUCUAUAAACAAUGCAACAUGUCAACCGUUAUCCACGUCGAAGGAUGCGGUCUUGCGUCGUAUGUACCGUUAUCUAUGAGUUUAUCAACAUGUGAAAUGUACACAGAUAACAGUUUCCGUGACUGAGGGCGACGCACGUCGCCAUGGUUCUUUUUCAAAUCCUUCUAGUCCCUGCAGAAGCCUAAUGAGCUGUGUUUACAAGUAGGACCUAGUCUCAACUAUGGAGGGGGUGGGCAGUGGAAAUGGUGACUGGGGGGAGUCUGUGGCUGUAGAGGGAAACGACGACAUCGUGUUGACUUCCGACGAUGAAGAGGAUCUUGAAGCGUUCGAGUUGUGGAUGCAGGAGCCAGUUACAAUGGAUUCAGACGAGGAUGUAAACUCGGAGAUACUUGACAUGGACCAGAUGACCCUUGAGGAGGAGGAGGAUCCCCCAGGACGAGCCCUGCCCCCCGAAUCUGACCCCCCUAUCCUCAUCAAGCCAAUGAUUCACCCGUGUGUGGACCCCCCACUCUGUGAGGCCUGCCAUCGACAAGAGUUAUCCUUCUUUGAUCCCGGUUGUCCAGGAUGCCGGGAAAUAUUGCUCAAUCCAAACACAUCCGAGCCAGAAAUCUUUGCCGUCCUCCGCCAAUGGACGCCCCAAACACAACAAAAUCUGGAGCUGCUUAUUGAUGAGAUAACAAAACGUGGAGCCAAUAUCAAUGAUCGUGAUGGCUUGACGGACAUGACUCUACUCCAUUAUGCAAGCAAAGCAGGGGCUGCUGGGAUAGGUGACCCUGAACUUGCAGCCAGGGUCGUGAGUUCCUUACUGUCUCAAGGUGCUGAUGUCAACAUUCGAUGCCGGUGGACGAACAUGACAGCGCUACACUAUGCGGCCUACUUCGAUGUGGUGCCGGUUAUUAAAGUAUUAUUAAAAGCUACAAAGGCAUUAGACAUAGACAGCACAUGUUCCGAGUUUGAACAUGGCACAGCUCUCCACAUAGCUGCGUCCAACCUUGCUCACGAAGCCGUGAAGGUCCUCCUGCAUAACGGGGCCGACCCCCGACUCAAGGAUGACCUUGGAAACAUGCCACAAGAUUGUGUCCCGGAUCCUGCUGGUUUCAACCAGGACACGGACAUGGCCAAACUAGUCAACAAGAUCAAGAAAACACUCCAGGAGGCGGCGCCACCAUCCCCGAAACAGCCACCUCCCAACUACGACCUUGUCCAGAGUAAGGUCACCCUUCAAGCACUAGGACUCCGUCUCGGGGACAAAGUUCUUGUUGGAGGCUGCAAGACUGGCACACUCCAGUACUGUGGGCCGGCGGAGUUUGCCACGGGGGUGUGGGCGGGGAUCGAGCUGGAUGAACCUGCUGGCAAGAAUGAUGGCAGUGUUGGAGGCAUUUCAUACUUCAAGUGUCCACCCAACUACGGAAUCUUUGCUCCCGUCAGUAAAAUUACCAAACCUGGCCAAGUUCUUGCUUCAAGGGUAUCGCCAGGCUCCCCGAGCAGAUCACCCAUCAAACCAGCCACAGUCAAGGUCAAUCACGUGACAGCUAGGGUCGAUACAGGCCUGAGCAAGUCAAGGGCAUCAUCAGUGGGGGACUUGGGGGACAUUGAGGCCGGGGAUCGAGUCAUUGUUGCUGGACAGAGGAAAGGCACAGUCAGAUUUGCUGGAGACACCAAAUUUGCCCCAGGUGUGUGGUAUGGGAUUGAGUUGGACAAGCCGGCAGGCAAGAACGAUGGCUGUGUUAACGGAGUCCGCUAUUUCACCUGCAAGCCCAAGUUCGGUGUGUUUGCCCCGCUGUCAAGGAUACAAAAACUUGGUGAUCGCCGGUUUGACUCGGAUGAGUCCCUGGACACCAUCAGCUGGGGAGCAGUGUCCGAGAGGCUGGACAGGAAGAUGACCGCACCUACUGUAGCUAGUCUGCUGAAUUCCACACCGGUUAAAUCCUCGCCGAAAACGCCGAGGUCCAGUAUGAAUAUCCUGCGUACCCCUGGGUCCAGUUCCAACCUGAAGCUAGAGCCGGGCAUCAGUGUCCUGUGUAACAAUGAGAUGGGUGUUGUGCGGUACGUGGGGCCGACAGACUUCGGUGAGGGGGUGUGGCUGGGCGUGGAACUGCGGACAGCCAAGGGGAAGAACGACGGCAGUGUACGGGGAAAGAGAUACUUUACAUGUAAACCCGACCAUGGGCUUAUUGUGAGGCCAAGCAAGGUGUUUGUACGAGGAAUAAACGGAGCAAAACUAAUGACUGACAGCCAUUCUCCACCAGAUCUGACAAAGCACAAUGGUGAUCAUCGAGUAAUUGGGGACAAUCGCAUGAACGGAGAAACUAGCCAUCACAGUCAUUAGGAGAUGGAUAGGACUGGAUAUGGAAUACUGGCUACAACAAGUUUAUCUGCAGCAAAGUCCCAAGAAUUCAUCAGGUGGCUUGAUACAUCUAAAUACUGCAUAUGUACACUUUCAAUAUGGCUGCUCUGUUUCUGUGAAGCGCAGACAGAAAGUUCAGUUUUUAGCUGAACUUUUCUGAGUUUUCAUGAAUCCGGUGUCUGCUUUUACGCUAAAAUUCUAAGGGAGCAGUGCAGAAUAUUUAAGCAGGAUUUAAAAAAUGUAUAAAAAUCCCACACAGCUUAAACCCAUCUCAAAAUGUCUGACUGUGAAACUGUCUGCAAGCACACCCUGACUCAUUUGUAUUACUGACAGCUCCCUACAGCACACAUCUAGUGAAUCCUAUUUCCCUGUGAUUUGUAUAGCUGUGAUGCAGUAGAGCUUUCAAGUACCUGGUAUCCCAAGCUGACAGUUGUAUAACUUGAGGCAUUGACACAAUGAAGAUGCUGUUAAGGAUCUGACUUGAACUUGGAACCUGAAAAUUGGGAUUUAGCCUGCUUAAAAUGUGCAAAUCAGUACCCCUAAAUAAUGCAAUUUACAUAGGACUUAUCUUCUUCUUAUCCUCUCUUAGCAAUGUACUCAUGACCUUGUGGGAAGGUUUUGACUCAUUUUUCAAGUGAACAAUAUCUCUGAGAGUAAUGCCUUCAAAAACCAUCAUCUGGUGCCGAUGACUUUAAGACACUUUAUCGUGUUUAUACAGGGUAUGAGUUGAUGACACAAGUGUGGUCACUCAUCAGCUGUUUGUAUUCUCCACAACGUCCGAUCAGUGUCUGAUCACAACGACCUGCCACAAACUCCACCAUGCAUUCCGUCUGUGUGAACCACAAUAUCAUGUCCCUAGAGGUGCUGUUUUACAUAACCACACAGUGUGUCCACAUUCUCUCAUUGAAGAUCGUACUGUGUCAGUAUCAGCGGAGCUAUCACUGAUUACUCUGUGUAUUAAAUCUCCAGUUUAUCAUGGUAACACCAUAUGCCUUUCACCAGCGUAGAGCCAUUCACUAUCAUAGUGUUGUUACCAGCUCAACUUCUCAGUUACAAACUUAAAACAUAACUAUUUUGACUCAUAACUAUAUAACUAAUAAUAACUAUAUUACAACCACUUAAAGCUAUACUCACUUGGAACUGUACUCGGCUGGAAUUCCAGAUGGGAACUGGUCCAAAGUAACUUCUGCUUGUUCUGAAAGACUACGGAUACGGAAUGGGUGGUAAGGCUAGAUGACUGCAUACAGUGUGUCAUUCCACCCAAACAGUGUGUGAAGUUGCCCAUCAUGUCAAUCACUGGAUUGUCUGGUCCAGAAUCGGUUAUUUACAUGCAGCUGUUGUAGCUGCAAUACUGCUGAAUGUAGCUUUAAACAACAUUCGUUCAAUGUUGUAAAUUAGAGGUAUUUUGUUUCCACGUAACCAGUCAGUUUCCUGCUUCCUUGGGAUUGUCUGGCUGGUAAUUGUGUGACCAUUUGAACAGUAAUGUAAUGAUCUGAUACUGCGUAACUUCAUCUUGGCUUAGAUUGAAGUCUUUACACGGCAUUUAGAAGUGAAACACAUAAAGGCAAGAAUAUAAUGAAUGUCAGCGUCUUUGUUUUGAGGAAUCGGUAGAUGAAGGUGUAAGAAUAUACUUUGAAACGUCGUGUUGCUCAAAAUAUAGAAGCUGACAUCCAUAACAUUCUUGCCUUUAGCUUAUAAUAGACUGCACAUUGUAUGUGUGAUGGAAGGCAGUGUCCAGUGCUCAGCCUUGUUUUGUCCCAAGUCAAAAUGUACCCACUGAACAAUUUUCAUCAGACAUUACCAUUCUUCUGUCUUUGUAUCCAACAGCAUCUGGUGGUAUCUCACCUGGACCCCAUGUUAACGAACUCCAGUUGGCCCUGGUCAUGUGUACUAAAUUCAAGUGGUCCUGAUCGAGUGUACUGAAUUCAAGUGGUCCUGAUCGAGUGUAUUGAAUUCAAGUGGCCCUGAUCGAGUGUACUGUAUUCAAGUGGCCCUGAUUGAGUGUACUGUAUUCAGUAGGCUUUGAGGAUGAGUCCCGAAUUCAGUAGUGGAGCUGAUCAUGUGAACUCAGCUGGCCCUGAUAAUGUGUACCUAAUCCAGUUUGCCCUGAUCAUGCCAAAGAAUGCCUUGAAUAUAUAUAGUAAUGAUUUCUCAUUUCGGUACCUGUUCUUUAUUAUAAAAAUUGUGUGUCACAAUUCCUCUAAAACAAUGUAUGACAGAUAAAUGGUUAGGGUUGUGAAUAACAAACACAAUUUGGAGAAGAGAAAAUACACCAGAUGACAGUUACAUGUUGUUAAACAGUGAUCGUAUUUGUGAUGCUCCUGAUGUCACAGAUAUGCAGAGUCACAUUUUCUGUUUACAGAAACUUGUAGAGUAUCUUUUUCCUUUCUAGAAUAAAUAGCAAGGAAUGACUGAUCCUUGAGCCAAAUUCAAAUUGGCUCAUAUCAAAGCAUUUGAGGGGCAUUUUGCAGUAUAUCUUAUCAACACAGAAUAUAUUUAAAAAAACAGUUGCAAUGCAUCUAUUUCUGUAGAUGUGCAGCAAUUCACUUGAUCAAGACUUUGUAUUUAACACAUAAGUGAAAUGAUUUAUCUUGCUUCUACAGUGUAUAUAUAUUACACCUUUAAUGAUUAGGUGUACAUUUGCAUCUCACCACGAUAGAACUGAAAUAUUGUUUGUCAAUGUGGGCUUCAGUCCAAAACUGGCAUUAUGAUUCUACCGAGCAGGACAGGCCUGAGGUUAUAGUGUAUGUGAUAUAUUAAAGUCUUAUUUUUCAUCCUUCUCUUUUAAUAUAAAUUACCAGUUAUUGCCAAUGAGACACAUUUUGGCAUAUUUUGCUAACAUUUUUAACAACCAUUUUAAGAUAUUUCAUUGUAAUGUAACCAUGUAUGUUUGAAUAUAAAACAUAUUUAAAUAUAUAUUUUUAAAAUAUCAGAGCAAAUUUUAUUGUACUGUUACUGUAUAUACUUUAUAAGAUCCUGUAUACAAAUUACAGGACAUUAGUUUAACUGUUGAAGAAAAGGUGUAAUGGAUAUAUCUCCCACUAUGAGAGAACCUCGGUAGUCUGGAUCCUGUUGUUUCCAACCAUUUAGAUUAAUACAGCUCUGGACAUGUUUAUGUACAGGAGUGAAAUUAUUCUGUACUUAAACAUUAUUUUGGAUAUUCCGUAGGGAUGAUUUCAACAAAAGUUCCACUUUCUGAAUUAUCAAGAUUUCACUGUCCUUCAAGAGCUUGUGCCCUUGUCGAUUGUUUGUAUUAAUGAGCUUAAUAUUUCAGCCUGCAUGUAUUAUGUUUAAUUUGUUUAUGGACGUAUGUGUCUCACUGGUAUAGUCACAAUAACAAUCAGAACAUUCUGUACAAGUGUUUCACUUCAGUUUUCGUUGUUUAAUCGAGUCCACAGACUUUACCCCCUUCGUCUUGCUUUUGACUGAUGUUAUCAGUGCCAUAAGUUGAUAUUGUCGCUGAAGUGGGUAUUAAUAAACUUAAGUUUAGAUUAAUAA